CCUACUCAGAGAUCAGCAUAUUUAUCAUAAACUUUCCUUUUGAUUCCAAACUUCAUCUCAAAGAGCAUCCUCACUAGUUAAACAAGAUCAGAAGCUUGACAAUCAAUUCAUCAUGUCAUCGUCAGAAUUUCCAGCCAGUUUUUAUGGCGAGCCGGGAGUUCUGGGCAUGUUAGCCAAUGGGAUCAGUGCAUUCAUUGUCCUUCUCCAGAACUUUCAGACGGAACACACUGGCAUCCCGCCGAAGGGGGUGGAGAACAUUUUGGCAGGUGUGCACCUCAUCCUGAUUGGUGGCAUAUGCCAGUUGGUGGCUGGUUUUCUCUCUUUCCGCAAGUAUGAUCACCUGAGUGGGACAGCCUUCAUUGGCUACGCCAGCCUGUGGGGCAGCUACGGUGCCACACGCAUAUUCCUUGGAGCCAGGGACCAACUAAGCAACACAACCCUGUUACCUGUCAACAUAACUCUCAAUGUGUCCAUGACCACUGCCCUUCUGAACUCCACCUUAGCUUCUCCAGUCUGGCUGUCCUCUCUGCCAAUCAAAGAGACUGCUAUAUCAGGCCUGGUCCCUUACAUCCUCCUCUCCUUCCUACUCUCCUUCUGUUCUGCUACCGUCAACUACAUCAUGCCCUUUAUAUUUGGGGCCAUCACAGCUACUUUAAUCUUUGAAGCAGUCGGGUUUGUAGCCGGCUGGGCCCUUGUGGUCUCUGGUUUCUUUGAGCUUCUGAUCCUCCUUUUUGCCAUGUAUGGCUCUGCAGCGCUGCUUGUCAAAGGUCUGGGCCAACGAUUGAUCCUUAAGGGCUUUGGCACACCUCUCUUCAAUGUGCUCCUCCUAGGAACAUCCAAUGCUGGCAGCGUCCAAAGUUUGGGACAGGAGAAAAAGAAGAAUACAAAGUAUGCCGAGCCAAUGGCACUAGGGUUCUUCUGUGAUACUGUAUCAUCCUUCAUUCUGGCCUUCUAUAGCUUUGGGUAUGUGUCAUCCUUUGCUCUCGGGGCCGUCUGGAUCUCCAUUGUCUCCACUGCCCAGCUUUUGUCUUCCUACUAUGCUCACCUGCGCCUCGACGGGUAUCACACCACCAAAUUUGGCCUCCAUGCCUCGUACUGGCUGAUCAAGUCGUGGGAAGAGUUUGUGGCAUCAACUCUGAUUGUGCAUGACGUCGCAAAAGAGUCUGGUCGGUCACCGAUGGUGGGUGACUGGUUCUUUGUAGCAUCAGCCCUGGUUUUGAUCUUGGUGAGCCUGAACACUGACACCCUGGAGUUGACCCACAAUCUUCUAUUCCUCCUUCUCUGUAUCUCCACCAUCCCCCAGAUACCCCUUCAGGGGUACUACAUCUUCUUCGGGGUUGCCUGCUCUAUCUUUACCGCAGGCUCUCUCUAUGGAACCUUCUGUCGUCUCAUCAACACUAUUGCAGAGAAGACCCUGAUUCCUGUUGGGCCACAGCCCGUGCCCAGUGAGCGACUGAGGGCAGCUCUGGGUGGUAAAACCCAGACCCACUCCAUCCCUAACCAGAUCCCAGAUGCUCUAUUUUACUUGACCAAUGGGGUGGCAGCACUGUCAGCCCUCCACACCAGCUUCUCUAGUCAGAACAACUCGUUCCUCCAUCUUACCAUCCCCUGGGUGUUGAUCUCUGGAGCCAUCAUCCAGCUCUACAUUAGCAGGCUUCAGGUCAGGGGUGGCCUGAGAUUUGGGUCAGUCAUUCCAUCCUUCUAUGUAGCUGUAUGGGCCACCUGGACAUGGUUCAGGUUUGCAGGCCACCUGCUCAGGCUAUCUGAAGACGCAGUACAUGGCUUUACAGUUGGAGCCAUUGCCCUCCUGAUAGUCAAUGCUUUCCUCAUGCUGAUUGCUGCUUACAGGAAUGUGGUAUUGCUGCUCCUGACCACCAUCAUGGAAGUGAUCCUGGUCUGCUUCCUUCUCUCCACCCUCAAAAAGCUGCCUUACCAACUGGAGAUUGCUAUGCUGGCAGUGUUCUCAAUGAUAUGUCUGUAUGGAGGGCUGGCAUGCCUGGUUAACAACAUAUUUGCCCAGAGACUGCUCCCUAUGGGCCCUCCACUUCUCAAGUUUGAAAAGAAGGAGAAUGCUCCAGUGCUGCCAUGUGAGGUGGCUGACUCUCGUCUGACUAGCAGUCUCCUAAAGAUUGCCAAGGUAUUGGAUGAGGGUGGAGUCUGUGGCAUCCCCACGGACACGGUCUAUGCUCUGGCUGUAUCCUGUAAAAACCCACAGGCCAUUGAGAAAAUCUACUCCAUUAAGGAACGUCCAGCAGAGAAGCCGAUCUGUAUUUGCAUCUCCAGUAUAGAGCAGCUGAUGGCUAGCAAGCCUCCCUUCAGCCCUCUGCUCUGGGAGUUCAUGAGAAAUGUCUACCCUGGGGGAAUAAGCUGUAUAGUCAGCAAGGGAGACUGGCUCUCAAAAUUGGGUGUGGGCGCAGCCUACGAUCGUGUGGGUACCAGGGACAGCAUCAUGAUUAGAGUCCCAGACCAUACUGUGAACCGACAUCUAUGUGACAUCACCGGUCCUCUUGCUAUAACCUCAGCCAAUCCUAGUGGAGAAGUGGACAGUACACAUCAUGAUAUGGUCAUUAGCCGACUAGGACAUAAGAUCCAGGGUGUUCUGUGUGAUGGGGAGUCCAAUGAGGUGGUAGCCUCCACUGUAGUCAACUGCUUGAAGAUUGAUGAAGGUACUAUCACCAUUCUGAGAGAAGGCUGUGUUCCUGCUGCCAAGGUUCACCAGAUCUUUGAAAGGGUAAAGAGCAGGAUGCUGUGAAAAUCUGCCUCAUCCCUUCAUUCUCUCUUUCAUCUAUUCCUCUAGUACCUGUCUUUGCCUGUUUCUUAUCAUGGUCACCAGGAGUCAGAGGCUCCUAACCACUCAUCUAUAAAUACAAAAUUAAGUAUUUAUUGUGUGUUUGGUUGAACAUUUAUUCAACCUUUAAUUGAAUAAAUAGGAAUUUCAAAUCAUUUAACAAAUAAUGUGUGUAAUAAUACAAAGACACAGAUGGAAAAAAAACAUUUUUCCAGCUUUUAGUUAGUCAAAGGUGUUGUUACUUAUUAUGUAUUUAGUAACAUUUAUUGGAUUUUAUUGUUUACUAUGUGGAAUAUGACCAAACAGUCUGUUUGUGUUGUGGUUUCGGUGUGGAUGGUGAUGUUUGUAGGUUUUUUCUACUGCAUGUCAACAUGAGCACCUUCAAAUUGUCAAUUUGUGAGAAAAUGAAUG